CACCGUCCUGACGGGAUGCUCGCACAGAUUAGUUCCUAGCCGGCUGGAGUGCGUUGGGAAGUGUCUGCUGAGAAGAGACCCGGGGCUUGAGACGGGUGCUUAUCCUACUACCAAACGCCAGCUCAUACGGCAAGCUCAUCAAACAACCAGCAAGCUCUACGCACCAUCGAGAAGUUAUCCACACACGCACACAAAAACGAAGCACUAUGCACGGAUUUCGCAGUGUGCGGGCAGCGUUGCUGGUGGUCGCCAUAUUGCACAAGGUCGCCAUUUGCACUUCCAACGCUACAGAGCCGUGGUACGAGGUGACAACAGCCGGUGGCGAUGAGUCUAGUACGGAGCCGUUCACGGAGAGCACUAGCGUGACUCCCUCCUGGAUGGAAUCCACGGAACCGUCGCCGUCAGCAGACUAUGCGGACGUUGUUGAGUGGACCGAUGCGAGUGCGUACGAUGUCUACUGCAAACCGGAGCUAUGUCUGCGCUACAAUCGAUACGGUGAGCUGGAACCGAAGAGGCACGUUGCUUGCGGGUUCAAUGGUUCGUUCGCCGCCGACUGCCCACCGGGUCGGAUGAUACUGAAGAUCGAUGCGCAGCUGCGCCACUACAUCCUUCAUCUACACAACGAGGCACGUGAUCGGUUGGCACGGGGUGUCGAGCCACAAUUUGCUGCCGCCUCUAGAAUGCCGACUGUGACUUGGGACGAUGAGCUAGCUAAUUUGGCGGAAAUUAACGUACGCAGCUGCAGGUUCGAGCAUGAUGAGUGCCGCAGCACACAUCAGUAUCUUCACGCAGGGCAAAACCUAGCCGUCGGUUCGUACUACCUCGAGACGGACAUUUUCGAAAUCGUUCGCAACUUGACGACGCUGUGGUAUAAUGAGCAUGUCGACACGACGCAGGAAGUGCUGGACAGGUACACCACCGACUACAAUGCCACCAUCGGACACUACACGCAGAUGAUCUCCGACCGCACGACAGCGAUCGGGUGCGGCGUUGUGAUCUACCCGAAGAAGAUAGAGGACUUUGUGUUCAAGAUGGUGCUGUACGCCUGCAACUACGCACUCACGAGCAUCGUACAUCAGCCAAUUUAUUUGAAAGGUGAGCCGACCGGCCGUUGUGCAACGGGCACCAAUCCGGCCUACGCUGGUCUCUGUAGCUUGGAGGAGAAUCAUUUGAUUAAAGCGAUUCCCGCGUACACCUGACGCGUAAAAAAAAAAA